GACAGUGCCAUUGAUCUGUUCUCCCUGAACACCAUGAUUCCCGAGACCUUUCCCUUGGAGAUGUCCAACGAGAUGAUGAACUUGGACCCCAAGGAUUUUCCCACCGAUUUCUUCGCCCCACCCCCAGAUAUCAGUGGGUUCACGAUUUCCAACCACUCGGGUGAAGAUGCUGCCUCUUGCGGUUCUCUCUCGUCGGACCUGGAAAGUGACGAUCAAUCCUGGUCCCCCACCCGCAUCUCCCCCCUCGAGACUAUCCACAUGGACCUGCCCAAGCCGGCUUCCCGAUCCGCCAAGCCUUCCACUCGUCGCAAGACUGUCCAACCGAAGCGCGAGCCUGCCACCCGGUGGUCGUCGAGCCCGGAAAUCACACCGCAAGACUUCCCCGCUGCCAGCGUUUCUCCCCCGCCCGCCCCCGCCUCUCCUGUCAACAACCGCAAAACCACCCGCAGUCUCUCCGGGGACUCGAACGCUAGCACCGGCUCGGCCCAGAACGCUACCGGCCGCAAUGCCGCGAAGCGGGCGGCACACAACAUCAUUGAGAAGCGGUACCGCACGAACAUGAAUGCCAAGUUCGUGGCGCUGGAGAAGGCCAUGUGCGGGGGAGUCCAGAAGCCGACCAAGGGCGGAUCGGCGUCACUGAAGAAGUCGGAGAUCCUGACGAAUGCCAUCACAUUCAUGCAGGAACUGCAAGAUGAGAACAAGGCUCUACAGAAGGAGCUUGCCAUUCUAAAACAGACCAUGGUGUCGAAUGGGAUGUGGCGACACAGCAAGGGGGAUGGGUUCCACGCAUGAGCGUGAGAACCAUCCUUCCUGUCAUGACCGUCACGUUUAUUGUAUAAUAUUAUGAGCUUUCCUUUGUCUUAUACUGUGUCUACAAUGGGUCUGGCCCUCUCCUGUCGUGGGCGGCGAAUGGUUGUUUG